AUGGAAAAAAAUAAAUAUUUAAUAAUAUUACUAUUUUUAAUUGUAUCACUAAUUAUUUCACCCAUAGUAUCAGAUGAAGAUGAUGGCGAAGAAUUAGAACAAACCAAAGAUUUAUUUAAAAGAAAUUUAAUUAGAGAGCAUGUUACACCCAAUCAAAUUUUAUCAAAUUAUAAUACAUUUUAUCAAAAUAAAGAUAAAAGAUUCUUUAAGGGUAAUGUUUUAGCAUAUAUUACCCCAUGGAAUGGCAAGGGUUAUGAAGUUUCAGCUAAGUGGACCAAUAAAUUUACCCAUUUAUCACCUGUUUGGUAUCAAAUUAAAUUUGAAAAUUCAAACUAUUUGAUCGAAGGUGAUCACAAUAUUAAAAAAGAUUGGAUGGAAACUAUUAGAGAAAAUUCAAAUAAAAAAACUAAAAUUGUUCCUAGAUUUGCACUUGAUGGUGAUCAAUGGUCAAAAUCAAAUAAUUUAGGGAAAACUUUAUCAGAUAGUAGUUUCAUAAAUUCAUUAUUAAAAGUUGUAAAAGAUAAUAAUUUUGAUGGUUUGGUAUUGGAAGGUUUUUCACAUAUUACCAGAGAGCCUAGAGACCAAUUUUUUAUUAAGCUUUCACAAGCAUUCCACAAAAAUAAUAAAGAAAUAUUUAUUGUUAUAUCGCCAAUAAGACAAAAGGGUCAUGAUUCAGGAUUUAAUAGAAAAGAUUUCGAUAAAUUAUCAAAAUAUGUAGAUGGAUUUUCACUAAUGACUUAUGACUUUGCACCACAAUCUACAUUAAACUCACCUUUAGUUUGGUGUAAAGAAAAUUUAGAAGAGUUUUUAGGUACCAAUCCCGACAGUGUAGAUAAAGAAAAAUCAAAAAAGUUAUAUUUGGGCUUACCAUUUUAUGGAUAUAAAGUAGAAAAUGGUAAAAUGGAUGCAGUUGUUGGAUCACAAUUUAUAGAUAUUUUAAAAGAAAAUAAAAAAAGAAAAUUUAGAUGGGUUGAAAAUGCAAAUGAACAUCAAUUUACUUUUAAAGUUAAUGGUUUCGAUGUAACUUUAACAUAUCCAACUCUGUUAUUCCUUCAACAAAGAUUAGAGCUAUCAUCAAAAUAUGGAGCUUCCAUUUCGAUUUGGGAAAUUGGUCAAGGUUUAGAUUAUUUUGUUGAUCUAUUAUAA